AAAACCACCACCGUUAAAACAACCCACACGACUCCUCUCUUCUUCUUCUUCAACACAACCUCCAGAUUUCGAUUCCGGAAGAUGGAGAAAUUCUCCUACAACUCGUACCCAGACUCAGCCGAAUCGUCGCCUCGAUCUCGCGACGUCGAUUUCGACAACCCGCCUCCAUGGGAGGACCAGACGCAGCAGCAACAGCAGCAGACGCAUAGCUACAAGGUGAAGUUCAUGUGCAGCUACGGCGGAAAGAUCCAGCCGCGCCCUCACGAUAACCAGCUUACAUACGUAAACGGAGACACCAAGAUCUUAUCCGUCGAUCGCGGCAUCAGGUUCCCCGCCCUGGCUUCGAAGCUCUCCGCCGUCAUCGGCGGAGACGGCGGAGGCGGGGAGAUCUCGUUUAAGUAUCAGCUCCCGGGAGAAGAUCUCGACGCGUUGAUCUCGGUGACUAACGAAGACGAUCUCGAGCACAUGAUGCACGAGUACGAUCGGCUUCUCCGUAUGUCCUCUAAGCCGGCGAGGAUGCGUCUGUUUCUCUUCCCGUUGUCUUCUCCCGUCUCCACCGGCGGGGGGUUUGGAUCGGAAGGCUCGACGAAAUCGGAUCGGGAGACGUUGAAUAAUACGAUCACUAACAGGCCGGAAUUGGAGAAAUCCGUAACGGCUCCGGCGAGUAAUGCUGAUUUUUUGUUCGGAUCGGAGAAAGUAGUUGUAGCUCCUCCAGCUCCAGCUUCUCCGCCGCAACAGAUUAUUCAAGAUCCACAGAUGUUCGUUAAUCAGCAGGUGAUAACACCGGAGCAGCACCCUGUGGAUAUUCAAAGACAGAUACAUGAGUUUCAGAGGAUUCAGAUCAGAGAUCAAGAACAACAGAUGCAGCAGCAGCUACAACAAGAGGCUAUGUACAGAAGAAAAAGCGAAGACGGCCGAUACUUCACUCCAACUUACGCUCAAAAUCAGCCUCCGACGACGACGGUGUCUCAGACGAAUCAACAACCUCCGGUUGGUUACUGGCAAGGAAACAACAACGUUCCAGGGAACAAUAUCUACACAACGACGUCGCAGAAUCUACCAGAGCAGCAAGUAUACAUGAUCCCAGCUCAGUCUCAAGCACCAGGGACGUUGUACCACAGCGUAAUGAGACCACCGACGCAAGGAAACCAAGGGUAUUUCCCACCUGUUCAGCAACGAGUCCAACAGCAUCAUCCUGAUCCCUACAUGGAGCAGCAGAAUAACCAGCAAGGCUACAACGUGGUUCAACCACCACAGCCAACGUAUUCAGGUGGUCCGCAAGUUAUGAGUAGUGGUCCAAUGGGUUUACAUGAAACGCAGCCGUAUUCGCAGAUGGGGAAUCCUGUGUACUAUACAGUGGCUGGGGAUGGUAUGAUGGUGCCACCGCAGCCGCAUCAGCCUCAGUACCAGGGAAUGGGUCAACCGGUUAGUGGCAUGACCGGGCCGGACGGGAAAGUGGUGGUUAACACGGCACCUAAAGUGUCGCAGAGUUCAGAUUCGGUGUGAGUGUGGGAUUAAGCUGAUGUUGAUGUGAAUGUCAUGAUCACGUUGUUAUCAUUAUUAUCCAUUUACAAAUUAGUUUAUAAUAUAUGUAUAAGCGUUUGAGAUGGAAUUGGGAUCUGAAUGUGCUUGCUUUUGAGUUAGCUCCUUUUAGAGCUCUGUUUAAAUUUUUAAUAAAUAAUAUGCUUCUGGACCUUUUUGGUCUCAUCGUCUC